ACCUUCAGGUGUUAGCAACACAACAGCGCGCAAGUAAGAGCAGUGAGCAGUGAGCACUGAGCAGUGAGCAGCGGGCAACGAGUUUCAAUCAACCAUUCAGCAAUUAAAUUGUUCGAUUCCUUGGUAUUAUUGUUUGUCUGCCAUUCAGUUGGCGCGCACGCGUACACACGACCAACGGUAAUAUUUGUGAAGUUACGUUUCUGAUUCUACUGCGCACAAAAUUUGUCCACAGUUUUUUUCUGCAUUUAUUUGUGUUGCGAGUUUAUUGAUUUUCUACGCUGUGUUAUCUUGUGCCAGUGAUGCUGUUGAAGCGUGCGCGCAUCUCUGUAGAAAGUCACCAAAGUGACAUGUCUGAUUUCUUUUAUUGCAUUUAAACUUCAUCGAUUCUUUUAUUGUGGCGAUCAUAAACGGAGAAACAUAGAAAUUUACAGGUGUAGUGCGCCAACGAGUGACAAAGUGAGCUUACCAAAGUGACACAGUAAACAAGAAAAAAAGGAAUGCAUAUAUUUGUUGUUGUUGUUGUGAAAACAAUAUUUCUGCUAUAGUGGAAAGUGGUAAUGUUGCAUGCUCGUUUUUUAUCUGUAUUUUGUGAAAAAUUUAUUUUAUGUGUUGAUUUGUGAUUUGAUGGAGAAAAAAAAUUAAUAAACCAGAAUCUGUUUGAAGUGAAAAAGAUUUUAUUUACACUGUUUCAUAUAAAUUUUAUUGUUAAAGAUUUUAAAGUGGUUGCAUGUGGGUGAUAAAGUGGAUACAAUAAACUCUUCAAUACGUAUUCGCUUGUGGCAUUCCGCAAUAACAAUUAACAAUAUACAUAAAUACCCCAUACUCGAAUUCCACCGGAAACAGCAUAAAUGAGUAAUUAAAGUUAAGGAAACGAGCAACCACCAACAAACACCAAUAAUAACUCACAAGCACUCAAACACAAAAUGGAAGACAUGAACGCCAACACCAACAAUUUCAUUAGUAUGUCAAACAGUAAUCACGACGACAGCAACACAAAUAUGAGCACGAGCAAUGUUAACAGUAACAACAAUAAUAAUAGUAACAGCAGCAGCAGCAGCAGCAGCGACAUGAUUCGGCAGUCAGAGUCACCGGCACGCACAAUCGAUUCGCACGACUCUACCGUAGACAGCAUGGACACGAUUGUUGAUCGCAGCGUUAAUCGCGAGGAGCUUUUGCAAGCUGCUAUUGAGCAGAGCAUGAAUACGACGAAUGCACAACAUGACAGUCUCACUAAUUCACAAAAAUCCAUAUUGCAGCCAAAUAGCAGCAGUUGCAGUGAUACCGAGGAACACCAACAACAGUUAAGCCAACAAAAACAGCAGCAACUACACGCCGAUGCGCAGAGUCACAUCUACUCGAGCCCUGUGUACGAUCAGAAGCCACCAUUGAAAUUAACGGCCGCCACAUUGGUCGCCUCCGUCACAACCAACAACAAUAUCACUGACACAGGCAAUAACACGGAUGAUGCAAAAAAACCGAAAUUGAUGACACAUGAAGAAUUCCAACAACAAUUAGAGGCAACAAUUGCUUCACGUGCUACCACACUCGAUUCACGUAUCAGCAAAAAGCAGCGUUUUCCACCAGGAUUGAUUAAAAUCAAAGAUGGCGACGGCAGCUCUUUGAAUUCGGCAAAAGCGGCAAAAUAUCAAAGACGUGCCAAAUCCAGCGCCGACUGCUGUUCGGCCUUCCCAUGGCAAAUCGUUUUGGGCUCAUUACAGCUAAUGCUGGCUAUCACCCUAGUGGCGCUCGGUUCGCUGCUAAUUGUGCGCGAAGCAGCACUAUCCACGGCCGGUUGUGGUAUUUGGACUGGUUUGGUGGCCGCCAUUACGGGCUCACUGGGUGUGGUUAGCAUACGGAAGACCCAAACUGCCUUCCUGGCGUUGAGCCUGGUGUGCAUUGCGACGAGCACAUUGGCCUUGGCAGUUUCCGGUGUGGGCCUAUCUAGGGAUGUCAACCGCAUGGAGGAAAAGUUUGAUCUGUUGAAUGCGAGCAGUGUAGUCUCGGCUGCUUCGGGUUUGAUUUUGACUUUGUUUUUGCAUUUCGUGGUUAGUAUUGUUUCGGUUUAUCGAUGCGCAUUGCAGAUAUGUUCAAGGUAA